AUGUUUUCACUGACGCAUUUAGUGCUUUUCUUUCCGCUAUCGGCUGCCGUGGCAGCCGGAUCUUCUCCCCGGUUCCUCGCACCAAAGCAGGACAUCGUGCUCUGGCGUGGCAAGGGCUCUGAUAGCCCUCUAACGCGGCUCGGCGCCAAUGGCCCAUGGGCUUCCGGACCGAAUGUACACGGGAUUUCGACCGCCAUUCCCGAGAACUGCUAUGUGGACCAGGCUGCCUACGUUUCUCGGCACGGUUCGCGAUAUCCUGACAACGGGGCGUACAACGAGUGGCUAGAGAUGGAGUCGAGGUUUUCUGCGGGUGGUUACGAAGCCAAAGGAGUGCUCUCAUUCCUGCCCGCCUGGAAGCCUGUCCUGACAAACCCUGAUAUCCAAAUCGCCAUGCUGGGCCCGACUGGCAACAAAGAGGCGGUGGAUAUGGGUUACCAACUCCGCACUAGAUAUCCGCAACUCUACGACGACGGGGAUGAUUUCUAUGUCUGGGCCAACAAUUAUACUCGCGUUCUCCAGACCGCCUCAGGCUUCGUAAAUGGCUUCCUAGGGGCUAGUGCCAGCAAGCUCGGUAACGUUGUCGCCGUGACGUCCAAGGGGAUAGCCGAAGCUAUUGGGAACUCUCUCGCGCCGUCUGACAUGUGCCCCAACUUCAAAGAUCAAAGCGGUGGGGACUACAUUAAGACGUGGAACAGUAUUUGGCAGCCUCGAGUGCAGGAAAGACUUCAGAAGUUGAUCAAGGGGAAUCUGACCCUGACGCUAAGCGACGUAAACCUCAUGCCGUAUCUCUGCGGAUUCGAGAGCCAGAUCACUGGGCGACUCUCCCCAUUCUGUGAUGUCUUCACGGACGACGAACUGAAGAUGUACGAGUACUCUAAUGAUUUGAGGUACUACUACGGUGUCGGGCCUGGAACAGAACUGCCCCCGAAAAUGAUGACGCCGUUCCUCGACAGCCUGGUCGACCUCUUCGCCAAAGGCCCGGGCGUCGAAGGGGUUGGACUCGAUGGCGCACAGUCCUUCCAGGUGCCGAAACUUCUCGUUUCGUUCUUGAACGACGGGCAGCUUACGGAGCUCGUUAGCGCAAGCGGCGUGUUUGACGAGCAGGAACAUCUCUCCGCAACGGAGAUGGACCACGACCGCCUAUGGAUUGGAUCCCGAUUCAUCACGAUGCGAGGCACCAUUGCCUUUGAGCGCCUCAACUGCAUGGUACCAGGCCCGAAAAAUGAGACGACGACUUCUCACCCGUCCUCGACCAAUACAAGCCUCCCAGCCCCGACUAACACCGGAAAAUGCGGCCCUCGCAAGAGUCGAAGCCCCUUUGACGCCAGCCGGGGGUACGUGAACGCUACGUACGUGCGCAUUCGACUGAACGACCAGGUAUACCCCGUUCCAUCAUGCAGGGACGGACCUGGAUCCUCUUGCGCACUGGGAAAAUACGCCGAGUACGUGAAAGCCAAGUAUGCUGCCGAAGGCGACUGGAUGGAGAACUGCGAUGUGACAAUGGAAGGCAAGCCAACAGUUGUGCAGGGAGCCAGCUUCUUUACCGACCUUUCGCAGCCCCAUUUAGCAAAGUAUACGCAGUGA